GGAGCUCAAGCUGCUUUGGCACAUCCUGCUGUGGAGUGCAAGAUGAGAAAGUCAGUGCUCUUCCUUGGCUUUCUUCUUGUUUUCCUUGGUCUGGCUCUGCCAGGCACCCAGGGAAAAAUAAUUUCCAGAUGUGAGAUGGUGAAGAUCCUACGUCGGAAUGGCUUUCAGGGCUUUGAGGGCACAACUGUUGCUGACUGGAUGUGCCUGGUGAAAUAUGAGAGUGGUUAUAACACGAAAGCAUACAAUAACAAUGGGCCCAGCAGGGACUACGGCAUCUUCCAGAUCAACAGCAAGUACUGGUGCAAUGAUGGCAGGACCUCUGGAGCCAAGAACGCCUGCCACAUCAGCUGCUCAAAACUGCAAGAUGAUAAUAUUGAGGAUGAUAUUCAGUGUGCCAAGAAGAUUGCCCGGGAGGCUCAUGGCCUCAGUCCCUGGUACGGCUGGAAAAACCAUUGCCGGGGCAGAGACCUGAGUUCCUACGUCAGGGGCUGCUAAAUUGCUCCACAAGUGUUGAUCGUUUCCUCAGGACCACCAGCAUUUGGAGAGGAGGCCAUGGGUGCAGGGAAUUAAAUCCAGUCUAUUAUUAAGAUAGACUGGGUACUGUCUAGUGCUAACUCUGGAGGCCUUUCACACUGCUGCAAUGCAAACAGAAAACUCACAGCUCACAGCUUAAUAAAAACAGGUGUAGCAACAAACCA